UAUACAUUUCGAUAAUACAAUACAUUUUAAUAAUACAAUACACGACCUUUUUUACAAAGAUAAUGUCCCCAUGGUAAUGUUUUGGUUGAAUUCGAUAUGAUGUAUUGUUUGUCAUCGUACGGACUUAGAACGAUUAUCGUACAUACUUGAUGUAAUUUUGAUCUUAUGCACAACUGUUGACGCGUUAUUUCAAUUUCAUCGUUUGAACAUCGGAUGUAAUCAUCGAAUGUUAUAGUUCGCGCUACUUUGACAUCUUUCGCCUUUUUAGAGUCCUUUUUACCAUCUACCCUCAAUGCAUACAUUUUCGCUCUGAGUGCGAUGAAUUCAAUCAAUAUUGCGCCAUUAUUUUCAUCCUUAAUUAAGCUUGGCAUUUUUUUGUUCAUAAGUGGUAUACCAUACACAUUAUCGAUAAAGAAUAAUCACACAUGUCGAACUUAAUGAUAUCACGCUUCAUUUGUUCAUAAACGUCAUCACACUCGAUGCGAUAUAUGAGUGUCUGUGUACAUAUAAUUUCACAUUUUUUGUGAUAUAACGAUAACAUAUAUUUGUGGUGAAAUUCAUACAAAUAGACUUUCGAUAUAUCGAGUAUAUACUUCCUACGUAGAUCAGUUUGUUGAAUUUCAACUCAAGUUUACGAAUUGUUAUCAGAUUUUCAGAAAAUAAAACUUCUGAAAAUUCGGCUUCGCGAUCAUUGCCUCUGCGUCCAUCCCAUUGUGUUAAUAAUUUUACAUUGACGUGAUUGCGCACGUUCUCCAUUUGCUGAAUACUGCAUUAUUCAUUAACUUAAAUAAAUUUUUCUCAAAGUCAUUCUUCACAAGUGUUCUAAAUUUUUUGUAUUAAGUUCUAUGUAAUCGAGGCGAAGCCAUGAUAAUUGUGCGAAUUGCAAUAUGCGAUGAAUCUUUGUUAUAUGAAGACCGUGAAGCAUGCACUGUCGCAAGUUGCGAUAAUGUAUAACGUUUUUUGUCAUACACAGUCACUAAAAGUUUAUCCUGCUGCUUGCCAAGUAGUUUAUCACGCGUUGGAUAGAAUGGCAGGUCAACGUGCUCGUGCAAACGCUCCGGAUAUUCUAAGUCGACCUUAAGAACGUAACCUGUGAGCGAAUCCUAAGCAAUCGCGCUAAUGUCAAAGUCCGAGACGUUUUCAACCCAACGAAAUUUGGCACAUGGCAACGAUUGAUACAUCCGUAUAAAUUAUUAACAUCGAAGUACAUCAAGUACAUAAAAGGUUGCGACGGGUCGUACGAUAUAUUUAUAUCUGCAUAUAUUUGUUAUUGGCUCACGCGUACUUGCUGGCAUAUUGACUAAGACCGCUACGUAUACCGCGCUCAAUAAACAUCACCAUAUCGAUGUUAGUGAGCAGUUUGAAAUUUAUGCGUGUAUGUUUCAGCAUAGCGUCCCACGUAAAAUUUUAAAGUAUAAUAAUACGCAGAGUCGAGACCGUACUUUCAAUACAUUUAUUGCGAAAAUUUUCAAAUAUGUCGGCUAACAGCAACACGUCUGUUUUUAAAUAUAGAUCGCUGUAUUCACUCAAGGUUUGAACAGAGAUAUAUUCACGGCGUGCGCGUAAUCACUUUCGGAUACAGUGUCACCAGUCAAGGAACUGUAGAAUGAUUCGCACGAUGAUAGACGGAUUCUCGCCGGCAUCCGCAGUGUCGAGUGCAUCGCGUCCAGUGCACACGUUAUCAAGAAAAGUAGAGAGAGAAGAAUUCGCAAGUGAAAUCAUGAGUGACGAAAUAGCCACCUUGCUGACCUCCCAGAGUGACCUCCACGGUCGCAUGGCCAGGUCAGUGACCAAUUUGAGGAAGCUGGGGACAGCCAACAUCACCCUCCGCGCUGUCGAAGCCCGCUUGGCGCUUCUCGACCAGAUGUGGACGGAAUUCGAAAAGCAACACAAGCUUAUUCAAGUUCAUUACAAGGACGCCUUCGAUCAGAGUGAGUACAACACGUCUCAAUUCAUCGAUUCCGCCGAAAACACGUACGUGCUGCAGCGCGGCCUGCUGAGCGAGUACCUGGCAAAGCUCAAAGCUGAAAAUUCUAGUACAGCUCCUCCAAGUGCGAGAACCGAUUGUUCUACCAAGUCGGCGCUGCCGCGCUUAAAAAUCCGAUCGUUUUCGGGCGCGUUUGAAGACUGGCCAUCGUUUCGGGAUAUAUUCUUGUCUGUCGUUGGCAACAAUCCUCAAACGUAGAGAGACUUCACCAUUUAAAGCAUUGCUUGGAAGGACCCGCGAAGGCGUUGAUACGCCCGCUGACCGUAACCGGAGACAACUAUUCGCGCGCGUGGGCGC